AUGGGAACUCUGGUGUUGUCUUGGAUCCACCCCGAAAGCCAGGCCACGGUCACGCGCUGCAGCCAACCUCUGGUCGGCCCGAACGACAAGCGCUGCAAGGAAGACGAGAAGUACUUGCAGACCAUCAUGGAUGCCAACGCUCAGUCUCACAAACUGUUCAUCUUCGACGCCAGGCAGAACAGCGUCGCAGACACAAAUAAGGCCAAAGGGGGUGGGUACGAAAGCGAAGGGGCCUACCCCAAUGUGGAGUUGGUCUUCUUGGAAAUCCCCAACAUCCACGUGAUGCGAGAGUCCCUGCGCAAGCUGAAGGAGAUCGUGUACCCCACCAUUGAUGAGUCUCGGUGGCUGUCCAACGUGGAAAGUACACACUGGCUGGAAUAUAUACGGAUGCUUCUUGCUGGUGCCGUGAGGAUCGCUGACAAGAUCGAGUCUGGGAAGACGUCGGUGGUGGUCCACUGCAGCGACGGCUGGGACCGUACGGCGCAGCUGACCUCUCUAGCCCUGCUCAUGCUGGACAGCCACUACAGGACCAUCAAAGGCUUUGAGGUCCUCCUCGAGAAGGAAUGGAUGAGCUUUGGGCACCGUUUUGCCAUGGUAAGCAUCAGACCUCACUUCCCAGAUUGAACA